AUGAAGACAUAUUCGGGCCCAGUCAUAAUUGCUUGGCUGCCACUGAACCAGUACAAACCAGAAGAAAUUUCACUCUAUGUUGACGACCAAAAUAUAACGUUACACGGCCAGCAUCGAUCCGAAGGAGAAGAUGGAUUUGAGAAUAGUGAGUUCAUGAAAACCAUUAAGCUCCCGGAAGACGUAGAUCCCACAACAGUGACAUCACAUGUAACCAGAAAUGGUAGUGUUCUAGUCCUCAAUGGCAUCAAACGCAUUGAAAAGAAAAUAAAAGCAAACGAUGACAAGUUUGUUGCUAAAUUAAAUCUGCGUGGAUUUAAACCAGAAGAAAUCAAGAUCCAGACUCGAGGAAAUGAGCUCAUGGUCAUAGCAAAACACAGAUCGGAGGAAGAUGGUUCACGUGAUUACAGACGUCGCAUUUUGCUGCCCGAUGACGCAGACGUCAGUUCAUUGACGUCACGCCUCUGCAGUAACGGCGUGCUAAUUAUAGAAGUGUCACGUGACCAAGCGUUCUUACAAGACGAGGCAAAACAAGAAGCAAGUGGUAACACAGAAUUCAAUCAACGCCUCGAUUGAAUGAACCACGUUCACUUGGCAGAUUUUACGGAAUUACUCCCUACAUUAUUUUUUGAAAUAUUUAUUACAUUUCUUAUCAAAGUUUUAAUUUUAAAGUGUAACCUCGGCACACUCUGUUAAACCUAGUGAUGCAUCAUGAUAAUUUUAUUGUGAUAUCUUCAGCUUAGAUUUUUGCUUAAUUUUCAGUUUUUAAUUCAGUGGUUUUUAAUCAUUAGACAAACAUGUUCCAAUGCGUCAAGUACCGAUUAAAAGAAAUAUUUUACACUUUAGUUAAAAUGUAUAUCAGAUCAGUUAUCAGUUUUUAUCCAAAGUUCUUUGUCUAUAUAUAGUAUAGUUCUUGAUAUUUUAAGUUUUUGGGAUUGUAAACCUUUGGAAUAUAAGUUAAUGAAAGUUAGUAUAGGUCUGUAUAUAGUACAAGAACAAUAAAAUGUUUAAAUGAGCAACUAACUGGGUUGUGUUUCCUUUUAAUUAUCGUUCAUUUGAACCACUUUUUACCUCUAGAUACUGGCAUUUGUACUGUUGGCAUUUUUCUAUCUAAAGCAGAAGCUUCUUUGGUCUCUUUGACUUGAAAUUUUCUGAUGCCUUUCCAGAGCAGAUACCCUAUUAAUACUGGCUCAUGACAACGGCCCAUAUCCCCAGGGGGUGGGGGAGGGUAUUCCCUAUAACGACAACAAGGGAAGGUACAUCCCGAAAGGAGUACUUUCUCAGGCUUCAGGUAUACGAAAGAAAGGGUUGGGAUUUCACUUGUUGAAGAAUAUAAAAGGGUAGGGAAAUCUGUCAUUUCGGUUGGUAGCAACACCCAAAAGAGCUAACAGGUGCAUUUUAUGGCAGUGACAAAGUCAAAGAAAGCGUUCUACUUUUGUGAUUUAUUCAUAUUUUAAAGACAAUGCGUUUACAGUAGUUAAAGAAAUAAACAGUAACUACAAUUUUAAGUAGGUGAAAGCAGUACCAUUUGUCAAUAGAAGUUAUAUGAAAGGAGAGGGUUCCUUUUCUGUCCAAAGUGGUAUAUAAAAUGGUAAGGGAUUGGACCUACGGGUGGAGCCUCUCCGUAUAAACCUUUUUGAGUAUUCCUCCCCCCUCUCUCCAUAUACAUCGCAGGCUUGAAAUGCACGACAUUCAUUAUCCUAAUGGUUAAUAGCAUUUACAAUAAUCGCGUGAUCAAAUUAUUUUGAUUACUGUCUAUAGUGUCAACAAAACAACAGCCUUAAAAGAUUUCGUCCCCGGUAUCUCUGUUUAUCCUCGAGUUUACUUUUUAUUACCCGUGUUUCCCUUGUUUGUUUUACCUUUGAAAAGGUAUAAUAUGUUUUAGUAAAAUCCAACUAGUGGUCUAUUAUGAAUGCUGCGUUCUGAUUGGUUGAGCUGCUACUAGGCUGUAUGUUAAAGCCCACUAGUAUAGAGCAAAGCGCAAGCUUUUUGGCGGCAAAAAAGGAUUAAAGUCUAGCUUUAACUAGCGAAAGUUGUUUUGUCUCGAUAUUUUUUACCAGCUAGUUGGAUUUUCGAUCAAUAACGAUUUCUUAAAACAUAAGCAAGCGAAUAUUAACGUUAAAAGCCGACGUUUCGGUAUCAUCAUGACGGGUAGUUGGAUUUUACUAAAACAAUUAUUCCUCUCGCCAUCAUGGCCUCUGAGUCAAUAGCCCAUUUGGCCUUUGGCCUUAUAGGCUAUUGACUCAGAGCCCAUUCGGGCUCGAGGAAUAAUAAUUGUUAAAUACUGGGACUCUGUUGAAAGUUUGUUUAUUGUUAGUUAUAAACUGGACAUUUACACCUCUAUUUGUGACAUUUUUGGUUUAUCUUCAUACGUCCCGCCGUUUUUGGUUAACAGACUUUGUAUUCAAUUUAACUGCCCAUUCUUACCCUUUUCAUUCCUUUUCUACUUUGGAGACGACUUCUCAAACGAAAAAAAGAAAAGAGAAAAAAGAGAAAAACGUUACAAAGGUUUGGGGAGUUUGGUUAGUAUACGAAGUGCUCGACCAUCUAUGAGGGGGUUUGGAGGUCAAUUCCCUGGUGUCCUAUAUCUUGGCAACGACUUCAAAAUUAGCCGUAAUGGGAGAGGAAUUUGCAAUUUUAAGCUACUAGGGGUAAUAAUGUGAAUAUAGCAGGCUGAAAUAUUUCCUUUUUCACUUUAAUACAAAACUGAAAACUUAGAAUUGCCGAGGCGGCUUACACGAACCCAGACUACAGUAAAAACCCGCGAGUAAGAACCUGAAAAUUAUAAGAACCAGUUAGCCUAAAAUGUGCCAUUUAUAUCCCCUAUAAACAAGAACCUGUUUAGCCUAGAAAAUGAAAAACAGGUUCUUAUUUUUUUAAAUCAUAUUAAAAUCCUGUUUAGAGAAUUAGGAGAUUGGCAUUGCUGUACGAAUAAAAGUGCUAAUUCAGUUAUUGAUGUAAUAAAAAAAUAAAGUGCAAGAGGUUAAUAUUGUUGUAUCACAUUUUGAAAUUGAAAAAUAGGCCGAUUACCAUCUUGUUUUGUUUUUCUAGAUUUUUUUUACAGAAAUAAGAACCUAUUUAAGAACCUAAAUAGCCUCAAAUUGUGUUCACUACCAUUCAAAUAAGAACCUGUUUAGGCUAACUCCAGAAAAUGUAGGUUCUUACUUGUGGCUUUUUACUGUAUUUUUGAUAAACGGCUUUAAAAUGUUUGUACUGUUACGAAACACCGUGGCCAGCUGUAGGACAUGACAAGUCUACCAACCUUGAACUGGAACGCAGUAAUGCUGAGAGAUGAGACUGAUUUUAUAGCCUUCAGUAUCAAGCAUUUUAAUAUUAGGCUAAUAUUUAGAUGUGCAUUAUUAAUAGGUGGAUUAUUCAGGCAUUUGUAUGGUAUAAGUAAUUUCUGACAUUUUUUAAUGAAGCUUACGUAGAACAGUACGAACAACUCCUAAUAAUACAAAUUUACACUCAAGUUAAUUCAAGUUUUCGUUCAGUUCUAUGGAUUGAUCGAGUCACCAGCAUGCAUUAUACUGAAAUCUAAAUAUAGCAAGUGACUCCGAUUAUUAGGUAAGGUUGUAGACGGUUUAUUAACAGAGUAUGCACAUUGUGGCUCUUCAUCUGUUACUGGUAUCUAGAAAUAUCUAAAGUUCACUAUAAAAAUAUAAUACUGAGAAAAUUAUCAAAGGGAUGUAAGUAGCUAAAAAGAGGAGAAGGGACUGGACUGGAAACCACCACGGUGAGCGGGAAAAUGAAAAACGGGAACAAAACCUAACUUGAACUUAAGCCCCAUCAGUAACUUCGUUAACCACAGUUCUAUUUUCUCUUCCAUUUCUCCGUUCUCCCCGUGACAUCCGUGAUUAAAGUAGAAAAAUAAAACUGCAAUAUCUCAGUGCAACAAAACGAAACUAAAUAACAAAACUGCCUAAUGUACGUUUUUUGCAAAACUAAGAACUUCUCGUUUUUUCUCACUGAAAAUUUAAAAAAACAGUAACCUCUUAUUCCUGUUAAAUUUUGUCACAAUGAAUCAGCUCAAGCUAGUCACUCUCCAAAAAUACUGACAAAUGAUUUAAUUAUAGUAACGAUUGAUAGUUCGAAAAUAACUUUUAUCACCUAUAAGUAAAUGGUUUUCGCUCACCGACCAACAGUUCAAACAAAAGUCUCAGAAGAAUCAAAGAGAUAUCCCUGAAGAUUUUCAAGAAGUAGAAUUAGAACCAAAGUUUUUACGGCAUGGCCCUCGCUUUCGGAUUUCCGACUUUUCAUCCAACUAGGUAAGCCUUUCAAAAUUAUAAUUUUCCUUCGCUGCAAGUAAGUAGUGUUCUUCCCUGGUUUGGCCUCAAUCCAGCUUUUCAGUGCACAGCUGUUUUAUAGAAAGCUAAAAUUCCUCCUUGCGAAUUACCUUUCGAAAAAUUACUAUCCGAAAAAAGGUCACUAGAGAGUACCGACCUGCCAGACAAGUAACCCUCUGGACCGCUCUGAUUCGUUUACUUUUUCUUAUGACCUAAUCCACACUUAACUGUUUGUACGUUUGUUAUUUUUUUUUCCAAGUUAUGCGCAUAUCUUUUGGCUAGCUUGACAUCUUUGAAGGCCACAAGUUUUCAGUUUUUAACUGGCUGUCGUCACGCUCUGUAACUAAAGUUGAUUAUGAUCAGAGAUCGUGAUAUUAAUUAUGGUUAUGAUUAUGAUUCGGUCCUAGAAACCCUUGCCUUAGCUUACACUGAAAACCUUGCAACUUCGCCCAGUUUCUGUCGCUAGGGUCAGGGAAAUAGGAUCAGCCUGAUGAGCUCAGUUAGGCGAUUUAGGAACUGGAUGAGCGAUAAGCCUGAAUAUCCUCACAGCAGAGUGCCUUAAAGCUUCCUAUUCUUUCUCUUCUUUAUUUCAGACAUUUUCCUACUUUAUUCGUUAACGCUUAUUUGCAAACGCGACAAACCCAAUGUUUUGUUCUGCCAGCGUCAGUCAGACAGGCGUUUAAAUUCGGCAAUUCAAAAUUUCACGGAAACAUUUUUAUUUACAUUGUAAAGAAAAUCCGACUUGCAAAUUUUUUAAGGCAACUGAGAUGUUUUGGUCCAGUUAGUCUCACCAACUUCAGGCAAAAUAACAAUUUUCUUUUGUUUCAAUUUCAGCUACAACAGCUUCUUCAAUCAAGUUGUCCCAGGUUAUGAGUUUUUGCAAGAUUUAUGGAGGAGCACAGCUCUCUUCUGCGAGGAACAGGCUCGGCAGAAGAAACUAAUGAAGACAUAUUCGGGCCCAGUCAUAAUUGCUUGGCUGCCACUGAACCAGUACAAACCAGAAGAAAUUUCACUCUAUGUUGACGACCAAAAUAUAACGUUACACGGCCAGCAUCGAUCCGAAGGAGAAGAUGGAUUUGAGAAUAGUGAGUUCAUGAAAACCAUUAAGCUCCCGGAAGACGUAGAUCCCACAACAGUGACAUCACAUGUAACCAGAAAUGGUAGUGUUCUAGUCCUCAAUGGCAUCAAACGCAUUGAAAAGAAAAUAAAAGCAAACGAUGACAAGUUUGUUGCUAAAUUAAAUCUGCGUGGAUUUAAACCAGAAGAAAUCAAGAUCCAGACUCGAGGAAAUGAGCUCAUGGUCAUAGCAAAACACAGAUCGGAGGAAGAUGGUUCACGUGAUUACAGACGUCGCAUUUUGCUGCCCGAUGACGCAGACGUCAGUUCAUUGACGUCACGCCUCUGCAGUAACGGCGUGCUAAUUAUAGAAGUGUCACGUGACCAAGCGUUCUUACAAGACGAGGCAAAACAAGAAGCAAGUGGUAACACAGAAUUCAAUCAACGCCUCGAUUGAAUGAACCACGUUCACUUGGCAGAUUUUACAGAAUUACUCCCUACAUUUUUUUUGAAAUAUUUAUUACAUUUCUUAUCAAAGUUUUAAUUUUAAAGUGUAACCUCGGCACACUCUGUUAAACCUAGUGAUGCAUCAUGAUAAUUUUAUUGUGAUAUCUUCAGCUUAGAUUUUUGCUUAAUUUUCAGUUUUUAAUUCAGUGGUUUUUAAUCAUUAGACAAACAUGUUCCAAUGCGUCAAGUACCGAUUAAAAGAAAUAUUUUACACUUUAGUUAAAAUGUAUAUCAGAUCAGUUAUCAGUUUUUAUCCAAAGUUCUUUGUCUAUAUAUAGUAUAGUUCUUGAUAUUUUAAGUUUUUGGGAUUGUAAACCUUUGGAAUAUAAGUUAAUGAAAGUUAGUAUAGGUCUGUAUAUAGUACAAGAACAAUAAAAUGUUUAAAUGAGCAACUAACUGGGUUGUGUUUCCUUUUAAUUAUCGUUCAUUUGAACCACUUUUUACCUCUAGAUACUGGCAUUUGUACUGUUGGCAUUUUUCUAUCUAAAGCAGAAGCUUCUUUGGUCUCUUUGACUUGAAAUUUUCUGAUGCCUUUCCAGAGCAGAUACCCUAUUAAUACUGGCUCAUGACAACGGCCCAUAUCCCCAGGGGGUGGGGGAGGGUAUUCCCUAUAACGACAACAAGGGAAGGUACAUCCCGAAAGGAGUACUUUCUCAGGCUUCAGGUAUACGAAAGAAAGGGUUGGGAUUUCACUUGUUGAAGAAUAUAAAAGGGUAGGGAAAUCUGUCAUUUCGGUUGGUAGCAACACCCAAAAGAGCUAACAGGUGCAUUUUAUGGCAGUGACAAAGUCAAAGAAAGCGUUCUACUUUUGUGAUUUAUUCAUAUUUUAAAGACAAUGCGUUUACAGUAGUUAAAGAAAUAAACAGUAACUACAAUUUUAAGUAGGUGAAAGCAGUACCAUUUGUCAAUAGAAGUUAUAUGAAAGGAGAGGGUUCCUUUUCUGUCCAAAGUGGUAUAUAAAAUGGUAAGGGAUUGGACCUACGGGUGGAGCCUCUCCGUAUAAACCUUUUUUGAGUAUUCCUCUCCCCUCUCUCCAUAUACAUCGCAGGCUUGAAAUGCACGACAUUCAUUAUCCUAAUGGUUAAUAGCAUUUACAAUAAUCGCGUGAUCAAAUUAUUUUGAUUACUGUCUAUAGUGUCAACAAAACAACAGCCUUAAAAGAUUUCGUCCCCGGUAUCUCUGUUUAUCCUCAAGUUUACUUUUAUUACCCGUGUUUCCCUUGUUUGUUUUACCUUUGAAAAGGUAUAAUAUGUUUUAGUAAAAUCCAACUAGUGGUCUAUUAUGAAUGCUGCGUUCUGAUUGGUUGAGCUGCUACUAGGCUGUAUGUUAAAGCCCACUAGUAUAGAGCAAAGCGCAAGCUUUUUGGCGGCAAAAAAGGAUUAAAGUCUAGCUUUAACUAGCGAAAGUUGUUUUGUCUCGAUAUUUUUUACCAGCUAGUUGGAUUUUCGAUCAAUAACGAUUUCUUAAAACAUAAGCAAGCGAAUAUUAACGUUAAAAGCCGACGUUUCGGUAUCAUCAUGACGGGUAGUUGGAUUUUACUAAAACAAUUAUUCCUCUCGCCAUCAUGGCCUCUGAGUCAAUAGCCCAUUUGGCCUUUGGCCUUAUAGGCUAUUGACUCAGAGCCCAUUCGGGCUCGAGGAAUAAUAAUUGUUAAAUACUGGGACUCUGUUGAAAGUUUGUUUAUUGUUAGUUAUAAACUGGACAUUUACACCUCUAUUUGUGACAUUUUUGGUUUAUCUUCAUACGUCCCGCCGUUUUUGGUUAACAGACUUUGUAUUCAAUUUAACUGCCCAUUCUUACCCUUUUCAUUCCUUUUCUACUUUGGAGACGACUUCUCAAACGAAAAAAAAAAAAAAAAAAAAAAGAAAAACGUUACAAAGGUUUGGGGAGUUUGGUUAGUAUACGAAGUGCUCGACCAUCUAUGAGGGGGUUUGGAGGUCAAUUCCCUGGUGUCCUAUAUCUUGGCAACGACUUCAAAAUUAGCCGUAAUGGGAGAGGAAUUUGCAAUUUUAAGCUACUAGGGGUAAUAAUGUGAAUAUAGCAGGCUGAAAUAUUUCCUUUUUCACUUUAAUACAAAACUGAAAACUUAGAAUUGCCGAGGCGGCUUACACGAACCCAGACUACAGUAAAAACCCGCGAGUAAGAACCUGAAAAUUAUAAGAACCAGUUAGCCUAAAAUGUGCCAUUUAUAUCCCCUAUAAACAAGAACCUGUUUAGCCUAGAAAAUGAAAAACAGGUUCUUAUUUUUUUAAAUCAUAUUAAAAUCCUGUUUAGAGAAUUAGGAGAUUGGCAUUGCUGUACGAAUAAAAGUGCUAAUUCAGUUAUUGAUGUAAUAAAAAAAUAAAGUGCAAGAGGUUAAUAUUGUUGUAUCACAUUUUGAAAUUGAAAAAUAGGCCGAUUACCAUCUUGUUUUGUUUUUCUAGAUUUUUUUUACAGAAAUAAGAACCUAUUUAAGAACCUAAAUAGCCUCAAAUUGUGUUCACUACCAUUCAAAUAAGAACCUGUUUAGGCUAACUCCAGAAAAUGUAGGUUCUUACUUGUGGCUUUUUACUGUAUUUUUGAUAAACGGCUUUAAAUGUUUGUACUGUUACGAAACACCGUGGCCAGCUGUAGGACAUGACAAGUCUACCAACCUUGAACUGGAACGCAGUAAUGCUGAGAGAUGAGACUGAUUUUAUAGCCUUCAGUAUCAAGCAUUUUAAUAUUAGGCUAAUAUUUAGAUGUGCAUUAUUAAUAGGUGGAUUAUUCAGGCAUUUGUAUGGUAUAAGUAAUUUCUGACAUUUUUAAUGAAGCUUACGUAGAACAGUACGAACAACUCCUAAUAAUACAAAUUUACACUCAAGUUAAUUCAAGUUUUCGUUCAGUUCUAUGGAUUGAUCGAGUCACCAGCAUGCAUUAUACUGAAAUCUAAAUAUAGCAAGUGACUCCGAUUAUUAGGUAAGGUUGUAGACGGUUUAUUAACAGAGUAUGCACAUUGUGGCUCUUCAUCUGUUACUGGUAUCUAGAAAUAUCUAAAGUUCACUAUAAAAAUAUAAUACUGAGAAAAUUAUCAAAGGGAUGUAAGUAGCUAAAAAGAGGAGAAGGGACUGGACUGGAAACCACCACGGUGAGCGGGAAAAUGAAAAACGGGAACAAAACCUAACUUGAACUUAAGCCCCAUCAGUAACUUCGUUAACCACAGUUCUAUUUUCUCUUCCAUUUCUCCGUUCUCCCCGUGACAUCCGUGAUUAAAGUAGAAAAAUAAAACUGCAAUAUCUCAGUGCAACAAAACGAAACUAAAUAACAAAACUGCCUAAUGUACGUUUUUUGCAAAACUAAGAACUUCUCGUUUUUUCUCACUGAAAAUUUAAAAAAACAGUAACCUCUUAUUCCUGUUAAAUUUUGUCACAAUGAAUCAGCUCAAGCUAGUCACUCUCCAAAAAUACUGACAAAUGAUUUAAUUAUAGUAACGAUUGAUAGUUCGAAAAUAACUUUUAUCACCUAUAAGUAAAUGGUUUUCGCUCACCGACCAACAGUUCAAACAAAAGUCUCAGAAGAAUCAAAGAGAUAUCCCUGAAGAUUUUCAAGAAGUAGAAUUAGAACCAAAGUUUUUACGGCAUGGCCCUCGCUUUCGGAUUUCCGACUUUUCAUCCAACUAGGUAAGCCUUUCAAAAUUAUAAUUUUCCUUCGCUGCAAGUAAGUAGUGUUCUUCCCUGGUUUGGCCUCAAUCCAGCUUUUCAGUGCACAGCUGUUUUAUAGAAAGCUAAAAUUCCUCCUUGCGAAUUACCUUUCGAAAAAUUACUAUCCGAAAAAAAGGUCACUAGAGAGUACCGACCUGCCAGACAAGUAACCCUCUGGACCGCUCUGAUUCGUUUACUUUUUCUUAUGACCUAAUCCACACUUAACUGUUUGUACGUUUGUUAUUUUUUUUCCAAGUUAUGCGCAUAUCUUUUGGCUAGCUUGACAUCUUUGAAGGCCACAAGUUUUCAGUUUUUAACUGGCUGUCGUCACGCUCUGUAACUAAAGUUGAUUAUGAUCAGAGAUCAUGAUAUUAAUUAUGGUUAUGAUUAUGAUUCGGUCCUAGAAACCCUUGCCUUAGCUUACACUGAAAACCUUGCAACUUCGCCCAGUUUCUGUCGCUAGGGUCAGGGAAAUAGGAUCAGCCUGAUGAGCUCAGUUAGGCGAUUUAGGAACUGGAUGAGCGAUAAGCCUGAAUAUCCUCACAGCAGAGUGCCUUAAAGCUUCCUAUUCUUUCUCUUCUUUAUUUCAGACAUUUUCCUACUUAAUUCGUUAACGCUUAUUUGCAAACGCGACAAACCCAAUGUUUUGUUCUGCCAGCGUCAGUCAGUCAGGCGUUUAAAUUCGGCAAUUCAAAAUUUCACGGAAACAUUUUUAUUUACAUUGUAAAGAAAAUCCGACUUGCAAAUUUUUAAGGCAACUGAGAUGUUUUGGUCCAGUUAGUCUCACCAACUUCAGGCAAAAUAACAAUUUUCUUUUGUUUCAAUUUCAGCUACAACAGCUUCUUAAAUCAAGUUGUCCCAGGUUAUGGGUUUUUGCAAGAUUUAUGGAGGAGCACAGCUCUCUUCUGCGAGGAACAGGCUCGGCAGAGGAAACUAAUGAAGACAUAUUCGGGCCCAGUCAUAAUUGCUUGGCUGCCACUGAACCAGUACAAACCAGAAGAAAUUUCACUCUGUGUUGACGACGAAAAUAUAACGUUACACGGCCAUCAUCGAUCCGAAGGAGAAGAUGGAUUUGAGAAUAGUGAGUUCAUGAAAAUCAUUAAGCUCCCGGAAGACGUAGAUCCCACAACAGUGACAUCACAUGUAACCAGAAAUGGUAGCGUUCUAGUCCUCAAUGGCAUCAAACGCCUUGAAAAGAAAAUAAAAGCAAACGAUGACAAGUUUGUUGCUAAAUUAAAUCUGCGUGGAUUUAAACCAGAAGAAAUCAAGAUCCAGACUCGAGGAAAUGAGCUCAUGGUCAUAGCAAAACACAGAUCGGAGGAAGAUGGUUCACGUGAUUACAGACGUCGCAUUUUGCUGCCCGAUGACGCAGACGUCAGUUCAUUGACGUCACGCCUCUGCAGUAACGGCGUGCUAAUUAUAGAAGUGUCACGUGACCAAGCGUUCUUACAAGACGAGGCAAAACAAGAAGCAAGUGGUAACACAGAAUUCAAUCAACGCCUCGAUUGAAUGAACCACGUUCACUUGGCAGAUUUUACGGAAGUACUCCCUACAUUAUUUUUUGAAAUAUUUAUUACAUUUCUUAUUAAAGUUAUCAUUUUAAAGUGCAACCUCAGCAUAGUCUGUUAAACCUAGUGAUGCAUCAUGAUAAUUUUAUUGUGAUAUCUUCAGCUUAGAUUUUUGCUUAAUUUUCAGUUUUUAAUUCAGUGGUUUUUAAUCAUUAGACAACAUGUUCCAAUUCCAAUGCCAUGUUCCAACAUGUUCCAAUGCGUCAAGUACCGAUUAAAAGAAAUAUUUUACACUUUAGUUAAAAUGUAUAUCAGAUCAGUUAUCAGUUUUUAUCCAACGUUCUUUGUCUAUAUAUAGUAUAGUUCUUGAUAUUUUAAGUUUUUGGGAUUGUAAACCUUUGGAAUAUAAGUUAAUGAAAGUUAGUAUAGGUCUGUAUAUAGUACAAGAACAAUAAAAUGUUUAAAUGAGCAACUAACUGGGUUGUGUUUCCUUUUAAUUAUCGUUCAUUUGAACCACUUUUUACCUCUAGAUACUGGCAUUUGUACUGUUGGCAUUUUUCUAUCUAAAGUAGAAGCUUCUUUGGUCUCUUUGACUUGAAAUUUUCUGAUGCCUUUCCAGAGCAGAUACCCUAUUAAUACAGCCUCAAGACAACGGCCCAUAUCCCCAGGGGGUGGGGGAGGGUAUUCCCUAUAACGACAACAAGGGAAGGUACAUCCCGAAAGGAGUACUUUCUCAGGCUUCAGGUAUACGAAAGAAAGGGUUGGGAUUUCACUUGUUGAAGAAUAUAAAAGGGUAGGGAAAUCUGUCAUUUCGGUUGGUAGCAAGACCCAAAAGAGCUAACAGAUGCAUUUUAUGGCAGUGACAAAGUCGACGAAAGCGUUCUACUUUUGUGAUUUAUUCAUAUUUUAAAGACAAUGCGUUUACAGCAGUUAAAGAAAUAAACAGUAACUACAAUUUUAAGUAGGUGAAAGCAGUACCAUUUGUCAAUAGAAGUUAUAUGAAAGGAGAGGGGUCCUUUUCUGUCCAAAGUGGUAUAUAAAAUGGUAAGGGAUUGGACCUACGGGUGGAGCCUCUCCGUAUAAACCUUUUUUGAGUAUUCCUCUCCCCUCUCUCCAUAUACAUCGCAGGCUUGAAUUGCACGACAUUCAUUAUCCUAAUGGUUAACAGCAUCUACGAUAAUCGCGUGAUCAAAUUAUUUUGAUUACUGUCUAUAGUGUCAACAAAACAACAGCCUUAAAAGAUUUCGUCCCCGGUAUCUCUGUUUAUCCUCGAGUUUAAUUUUAUUACCUGUGUUUCCCUUGUUUCUUUUACCUUUGAAAAGGUAUAAUAUGUUUUAGUAAAAUCCAACUAGUGGUCUAUUAUCAAUGCUGCGUUCUGAUUGGUUGAGCUGCUACUAGGCUGUAUGUUAAAGCCCACUAGUAUAGGGCAAAGCGCAAGCUUUUUGGCGGCAAAAAAGGAUUAAAGUCUAGCUUUAACUAGCUAAAGUUGUUUUGUCUCGAUAUUUUUUACCAGCUAGUUGGAUUUUCGAUCAAUAACGAUUUCUUAAAACAUAAGCAAGCGAAUAUUAACGUUAAAAGCCGACGUUUCGGUAUCAUCAUGACGGGUAGUUGGAUUUUACUAAAACAAUUAUUCCUCUCGCCAUCAUGGCCUCUGAGUCAAUAGCCCAUUUGGCCUUUGGCCUUAUAGGCUAUUGACUCAGAGCCCAUUCGGGCUCGAGGAAUAAUAAUUGUUAAAUACUGGGACUCUGUUGAAAGCUUGUUUAUUGUUAGUUAUAAACUGGACAUUUACACCUCUAUUUGUGACAUUUUUGGUUUAUCUUCAUACGUCCCGCCGUUUUGGUUAACAGACUUUCUAUUCAAUUUAACUGCCCAUUCUUACCCUUUUCAUUCCUUUUCUACUUUGGAGACGACUUCUCAAACGAAAAAAAGAAAAGAGAAAAAAGAGAAAAACGUUACAAAGGUUUGGGGAGUUUGGUUAGUAUACGAAGUGCUCGACCAUCUAUGAGGGGGUUUGGAGGUCAAUUCCCUGGUGUCCUAUAUCUUGGCAACGACUUCAAAAUUAGCCGUAAUGGGAGAGGAAUUUGCAAUUUUAAGCUACUAGGGGUAAUAAUGUGAAUAUAGCAGGCUGAAAUAUUUCCUUUUUCACUUUAAUACAAAACUGAAAACUUAGAAUAGCCGAGGCGGCUUACACGAACCCAGACUACAGUAAAAACCCGCGAGUAAGAACCUGAAAAUUAUAAGAACCUGUUAGCCUAAAAUGCGCCAUUUAUAUCCCCUAUAAACAAGAACCUGUUUAGCCUAGAAAAUGAAAAACAGGUUCUUAUCUUUUUAAAUCAUAUUAAAAUCCUGUUUAGAGAAUUAGGAGAUUGGCAUUGCUGUACGAAUAAAAGUGCUAAUUCAGUUAUUGAUGUAAUAAAAAAAUAAAGUGCAAGAGGUUAAUAUUGUUGUAUCACAUUUUGAAAUUGAAAAAUAGGCCGAUUACCAUCUUGUUUUGUUGCUUGAUUUUUUUUACAGAAAUAAGAACCUAUUUAAGAACCUAAAUAGCCUCAAAUUGUGUUUACUACCAUUCAAAUAAGAACCUGUUUAGGUUAACUCCAGAAAAUGUAGGUUCUUACUUGUGGCUUUUUACUGUAUUUUUGAUAAACGGCUUUAAAAUGUUUGUACUGUUACGAAACACCGUGGCCAACUGUAGGACAUGACAAGUCUACCAACCUUGAACUGCAACGCACUAAAGCUGAGAGAUGAGACUGAUUUUAUAGCCUUCAGUAUCAAGCAUUUUAAUGUCAGGCUAAUAUUUAGAUGUGCAUUAUUAAUAGGUGGAUUAUUCAGGCAUUUGUAUGGUAUAAGUAAUUUCUGACAUUUUUUAAUGAAGCUUACGUAGAACAGUACGAACAACUCCUAAUAAUGACCAAUAAUACAAAUUUACACUCAAGUUAAUUCAAGUUUUCGUUCAGUUCUAUGGAUUGAUCGAGUCACCAGCAUGCAUUAUACUGAAACCUAAACAUAGCAAGUGACGAUUAGUAGGUAAGGUUGUAGACGGUUUAUUAACAGAGCCUGCACAUUGUGGCUCUUCAUCUGUUACUGGUAUCUAGAAAUAUCUCAAGUUCACUAUAAAAACAUAAUAUUGAGAAAAUUAUCAAAGGGAACUAAGUAGCUAAAAAGAGGAGAAGGGACUGGACUGGAAACCACCACGGUGGGCGGGAAAAUAAAAAACGGGAACAAAACCUAACUUGAACUUUAACCCCAUCAGUAACUUCGUUAACCACAGUUCUCUUUUCUCUUCCAUUUCUCCGUUCUCCCCGUGACAUCCGUGAUUAAAGUAGAAAAAUAAAACUGCAAUAUCUCAGUGCAACAAAACGAAACUAAAUAACAAAACUGCCUAAUGUACGUUUUUUGCAAAACUAAGAACUUCUCGUUUUUUCUCACUGAAAAUUUAAAAAAACAGUAACCUCUUAUUCCUGUUAAAUUUUGUCACAAUGAAUCAGCUCAAGCUAGUCACUCUCCAAAAAUACUGACAAAUGAUUUAAUUAUAGUAACGAUUGAUAGUUCGAAAAUAACUUUUAUCACCUAUAAGUAAAUGGUUUUUGCUCACCGACCAACAGUUCAAACAAAAGUCUCAGAAGAAUCAAAGAGAUAUCCCUGAAGAUUUUCAAGAAGUAGAAUUGGAACCAAAGUUUUUAUGGCAUGGCCCUCGCUUUCGGAUUUCCGACUUUUCAUCCAACUAGGUAAGCCUUUCAAAAUUAUAAUUUUCCUUCGCUGCAAGUAAGUAGUGUUCUUCCCUGGUUUGGCCUCAAUCCAGCUUUUCAGUGCACAGCUGUUUUAUAGAAAGCUAAAAUUCCUCCUUGCGAAUUACCUUUCGAAAAAUUACUAUCCGAAAAAAAGGUCACUAGAGAGUACCGACCUGCCAGACAAGUAACCCUCUGGACCGCUCUGAUUCGUUUACUUUUUCUUAUGACCUAAUCCACACUUAACUGUUUGUACGUUUGUUAAUUUUUUUUUUCCAAGUUAUGCGCAUAUCUUUUGGCUAGCUUGACAUCUUUGAGGGCCACAAGUUUUCAGUUUUUAACUGGCUGUCGUCACGCUCUGUAACUAAAGUUGAUUAUGAUCAGAGAUCGUGAUAUUAAUUAUGGUUAUGAUUAUGAUUCGGUCCUAGAAAUCCUUGCCUUAGCUUACACUGAAAACCUUGCAACUUCGCCCAGUUUCUGUCGCUAGGGUCAGGGAAAUAGGAUCAGCCUGAUGAGCUCAGUUAGGCGAUUUAGGAACUGGAUGGGCGAUAAACCUGAAUAUCCUCACAGCAGAGUGCCUUAAAGCUUCCUAUUCUUUCUCUUCUUUAUUUCAGACAUUUUCCUACUUUAUUCGUUAACGCUUAAAGCAAAACAAAUUUAACAUUACAUAUGUAUUAUCACCACAAACGCCACAAACCCAAUGUUUUGUUCUGCCAGCGUCAGUCAGUCAGGCGUUUAAAUUCGGCAAUUCAAAAUUUCACGGAAACAUUUUGAUUUACAUUGUAAAGAAAAUCCGACUUGCAAAUUUUUAAGACAACUGAGAUGUUUUGGUCCAGCUAGUCUCACCAACUUCAGGCAAAAUAACAAUUUUUUUUUUUGUUUCAAUUUCAGCUACAACAGCUACUUCAAUCAAGUUGUCCCAGGUUAUGGGUUUUUGCAAGAUUUAUGGAGGAACACAGCUCUCUUCUGCGAGGAACAGGCUCGGCAGAAGAAACUAAUGAAGACAUAUUCGGGCCCAGUCAUAAUUGCUUGGCUGCCACUGAACCAGUACAAACCAGAAGAAAUUUCACUCGAUGUUGACGACGAAAAUAUAAUGUUACACGGCCAGCAUCGAUCCGAAGGAGAAGAUGGAUUUGAGAAUAGUGAGUUCAUGAAAACCAUUAAGCUUCCGGAAGACGUAGAUCCCACAACAGUGACAUCACAUGUAACCAGAGAUGGCAGUCUUCUAGUCCUCAAUGGCAUCAAACGCGUUGAAAAGAAAAUAAAACCAAACGGUGACAAGUUCGUGGUUAAAUUGGAUCUGCGUGGAUUUAAACCAGAAGAAAUCAAGUUCCAGAUUCGUGGACAUGUGCUCAUGGUCACAGCAAAACACAGAUCGGAGGAAGGUGGUUCACGUGAUUUCAGGCGUCGCGUUUUCCUGCCCGAGGACGCAGAGCUCAGUUCAUUGACGUCACGCCUCUGCAGUAACGGCGUGCUAAUUAUAGAAGUGUCACGUGACCACGCGUUCGUACAAAGGGAAAGAAACGUGGACGGCAUGAAAGAUGAUAAGCCCCGACCUCAAGACGAGACAAAACGAGAAGCAAAUAGUAACACAGCGGUGGCGGAUUGUAAGGAAUCAUUCCUGUAACACAUUGUCAAUUAUUUAUUACAUUUCUGAUUAAUUUUUUUUUAAUUUUAAGGAGCAACAUUUCAGCAUAGUAUCAGAAACUCGUUUAUUUUCACCUUGGUACAGUAUAAUUAUAGUGUGAUAUCUUUUAUAGUUUAGAAUUUCACUGAAAGUCUGCGUUAUUUCAUCAUCUUCCCUAAACGUUUUUGAAUUGGUUUCAAAAACCAAGCAAGUACC